UUUCUCGCCCAACCCCGUCUCCCUUCCCCGGAAGACGAAUCACGAGCACACGAUUCCCCCAAUUCUAACCCUAGAAACAGAGCGCAGGAGGGCCAGCCGCAACCGGGACAAAAGCGGAAACCAGCCAACCCAAGCCUCGAUUUCUCCAUCGCCGCGGCAGAAGCUACGAGGUCCAGAAGGGAGCGCGAGAAGCUUGCGUGAAGGACUCAACCAUGGCGAGCGCGGAUCUGCUGCGGAGGGAGGAGGAGUUCUACGAGUCGCUGUUCGAUUCCGCCAAAGGCGAUGCCGCUGCCGCCAAGACGCGUGGGCAGAUGAUCGAGAGGAAGAUUGAAGCCCUGGAGGACAUGGCAACCAAGGUUAGUAACCGGAGGUCUCGCAGAUGGUUGAAUGAUCGCUUGCUGAUUGAGCUCGUCCCUCGUCUUCAUGUUGAAGAAAUCAAAGGCCUCUUUGCCCCUCCGCCAUUUGGUGAGGAAGCACCACUGUCAGCAUUUUGCAGGACAAGUGUUGGUGAGUGGGAUGCAUUCAGGAGCAUUGACAUGGACGUUGAGGCAAGAUUUAUGCAACGGAUGAAACAAUCAUCAAAGCAGAAGAAUCUUGUGAAUGAAGAUGAGUCAAUUGUGCUGAAUGUUAUAUUUUUGGUUGUUGUUAUAAUGCUUAGAACAUGUGUGGUGUCAAGACUUGGGAGUAAAAAUAAAAUGGUACUAGUAAUAUUUUGGUUGUGUAAUGCUAUGUAGCACAUGAAGAUAAUUCAUCUACUCUCAUCUGUUUGGUUUGUAGUUUCGGAACACUGAGCACAUAUAGAUUAAAUGAAUCAUGCAAAUGGAAAGAAAUGGAAUCUGAUAAAUGUUUGUUGAACUGAGUUCAGUUGUUAAAACCAACAAUUCAUGCACUGCUUAUAUUAGUAAGUUCAAAUUAUGUACUGCUGAUGGGCUUAUGUAUGAGUUAGCAGUUUAGCACCAUUAUUCUGAUAAAACAAAGAACAUGCUGUUUUGAUCAAUUUGGUUCUACUUCGGAUUGAGUAGGAAAAUAUUUGCAAGUAUUGACUGUGUUAUGGAUCUUCCAUAUGGAGUCCUACUCACUGCUUGUAAGUUCUAUCUGUAUCUGUUUAAUACUUGUUAGAUUCAAUAGUACAGCCAGCUUAGAUGCUCUGCAGAAAGCAUAUACUUGACUAUGUUAUUCUUGAAAAGAAAGUAUAUACUUGUCUAUAUCUGUAUUAUUUUGCUGUUGUUUAAGUUAGCAAAAACCGUGCUUCACUUUUGCAGGAAUGGAUCAGGGCCUUCAUUGAAGACACUACUGAUAAAGAUGUGCUUGUGUUGAAUGUCCAGGACCCAUUUCAGAGGUUGCUAUUACAUGGUGUUUGCGAGUUUUACAAUGUAACGUCUACGACCACGGGUACUGUGCAAGAUGGAAAGCCAUGGAAGACAACAACAAUCAAGAAGCGUUCGGGGACGGGUGUUGCCCCCAUGAUCACAUUGGUUAGUUUCCUGAGAACAAAGAAGAAUG